CCCAUCUGAAACUUCUUCCCAUUUCUAAUACAAGCACAUUCAUCAUGUAUAUCUCAUAUAACUCAUCGUUUGGAGGAGAAGAAGAAAUCGAAGAGUACGAAAGGUUCAGUAAACCGACUAAUUGAUUACAACCAUUCUCAUAGAUAGAGCCAAAAAUAUAGACCUUGGUUAUGAGGUCCAUGAACAACCUCAACCAAUCAACUGACACAUUCCAACUCUGGUUGAUUACUAGGCAAGAAAUAACAGGAUUCAUUCCUGAGUAACACAUCAUGCACUUCGAAAUGACUUGGUUGAGCAUCUUUGGAAUUUGCAUGGGAAUAACUAGUCUUUUUUAAUUGUAGAUUGUAUUGCAUGUUUCCAUAUUAAUUUUAUUUUAUGUUGCUUGGUAGUUUGUAUUUCAAGUUUGGGUAUGUCAGUAUGUGAUUGUAUUUCAUGUUUCAAUAAAGUGUGUCUUGUAGUUGGUCCAAAGUUUCAGUAACACUAGUUUUUAUUAUACAUGAAAAUGUUCAAAGUUCAAAGAAUACACAUAGCAUUUGAAAACAACAAAUUUCAAAGAUAACACAUAACCGAAGUGUUAACGGAGACUAAUGUUUGGUUAAUAAUUUGUAUUUCGAUAGUUGUGGCUAUAAUUUUCUGAUUUUUAAUAGUUGUGGGUAAUAUAUUGUAUUUACUAGCCAUGAUAUAUGUUUAUAGUUAGGUGGGGAAGGCUCAAUUUUGGAAAGAAAAAUAAACAAAUGAGUCAUUUGGUUUCAACCAAGGAUUAAAAUACUUUACCAGCGGUUCGAUCUGAAAAACCUCCUACCGGAAGCAAAACCGGUAGGCAAUAUUUAGCGAUAUAAUACGAUUAAACCAUAAUUAAACCACGAUUUUAGCAUAAAAUACCCUACCGCUAAUUUUUUGGUACCAUCUUUCAAUCCUUUAACUUUCAAACAAAACUAUCAUAUUAGUUUCUCGAGGCAUUUACAGAUGAUUGUUCUCAAUGAGUCAUUUAUAAUUGACUCGUUUUUUCUCCAUUAUCUUCCAAUCAUAUCCCUGACCAUUUUCCAUAAUUGCAAUAUUUUCCGUCAUUUGAUUUUUAAAAAAAAACUUUUAUGAUACACACUGAGUUUGUACGUUUAAUGUUAUUGUACAAAUUCAGUUUAUAUCUUUACUUAUCUGAAUCGUACAAAUUCAUUUAUAAUACAAAAUGAAUUUACAUUUUUAUGUUAUGCGAAAAAUUAAACUUGUACCAUAACAUAUAUGAUACAUUAUUUUUAAGUUGUAACAUUAUUUUACAAUUUUGAUUUAUAUCUCGAAACGCCAUCACUUCAUAGCAUAUUAUUCAUGACAAGUUGCAUAGUAUCCAGUGUCCCGACUACCGACCAGAAAAACACAUGUUGGAUGCAAAACUACAACUCCUAAUAAUAACCAUGUGUAAAUUAUGCAAAACCAAAUACCUUGUAGUCUCUUCAAACUCCAAUCAUGCGUUCAAACUUCAAACAAAUAAGUGGUCGGCCGUCGCUACAGUCCAGUCCAACCAAAAGAUCUGCAAGCAUUGUGAAAGACAAAACAGGAAGAAGAAGAAGAAAAAAAAAAGUGAGUGGAAACUGAAAACAGACCCAGUCAACACAACGCCAUUCUAAAUUUGUCAACAACUGUUCCAUUUUCAACCACCGAAGCCUCUCUUCCACAAACCCCCACCAUUUUCAUCACAUUCCCACACUCCCUUCCCCCUCCCACUCGCCGGGAAACCGCCAUGACGUCGACGACGACACUUCUCCCACCGCUCCUCCUCUUCCUAGUCACGGUGCUUCUUCCACCGCUCUCACAUUCCCAACUCACCUACGACUACUACGCCAAAACAUGCCCCAAGUUCGACGACAUCAUGCGAGACACCGUCGCACAGAAACAGAACACCACCCCGACCACCGCCGCGGCCGUCCUCCGCCUCUUCUUCCACGACUGCAUGGUCGAGGGAUGCGACGCCUCGACACUCGUCGCCGCCUCCCCACUCCACAAGACGGAACGCGACCCGAGCCUCAACCUCAACCUCCCCGGGGACGCAUUCGACACGGUGGUUCGCGCCAAGACCUCCCUCGAGCUCGAAUGCCCCGACAUUGUCUCCUGCGCCGACAUCCUCGCUGUCGCUACACGCAACCUCGUCGCCAUGGUUGGGGGCCCCGCAUAUCGCGUCCCUCUCGGCAGGAGAGACGGGCUGGUCUCCGACGCUUCCCGCGUGGAGCCCAACCUCCUCAAGCCCACCAUGCCCGCCUCUCAGAUCAUUGCCUUCGUCUCCAGAGGGUUCACCGUACAGGAAAUGGUGACCCUGAUGGGAGGCCACACCAUCGGCUUCUCGCAUUGCAGGGAGUUCAGCUACCGGCUCUACAACUUCAGCAGGACUUCCCCGACGGAUCCUGCGCUCAACCCAAAGUACGCCGAAGGGCUGAAGAAGCUGUGCGAAAACUACACCAAGGACCCCACGAUGAGCGCCUUCAUCGACGUGAUGACCCCUGGGAAGUUCGACAACGUGUACUAUCAGAACCUGGAUAAGGGGCUGGGGUUGCUUGCCUCGGAUCAAGCCAUGGCUGCGGAUCAGAGGACGAAGCCUUUCGUCGAGCUGUACGCGAGGAACGAGACGGCAUUCUUCACUGCGUUUGCUCAGGUGAUGGAGAAGCUCAGCACCUACAAGAUCAAGACAGGGAAAGAUGGUGAGGUGAGGCACCGGUGUGAUCAAAUCAAUACUGUAAACAUUUAAACAGGCGAGAUUAUUAAUGAAAGAAUGAAUAUGGAUGGAGAGAUGUUGCCUCAAUACCACGAUGAAUCGAUGAUGAUGAUGAUGAUGAUGAACCACCGACGUUUUUAGAACUGUAUGGUACCAAUUUGGGAUAGCCAUCGACGCUGCUUCUGCCACAGCUGCUAUGUUUCGAAGAACUGUAUGGCGUGUUCCCUGCAGAACAAUUACUGCCACUUUGACAUAUCCUGCAUAAGUUGAAAACACAGAAGACAAACAUAGAACUAAUUCAUGAGAAAAACUAAAGCUCUCUCAAGUCGUCACCCCUCUCUGUCAACUCUUACAUUCCUUCCGACUCCCGAAAACAGAGCCAAAUGAUAACAUCAUAGGGGAAGCAUACCAAGUUAAUUUUCAAACAUACCAGCAUCCUGCCAUUUUCAGCUUUUCAGGUAAACUACGCCAAGAACCAACAAAAAAUAUAUUUUGCAUACAUUA